AUGCCAUGCCCCGACGUGUACUGGGUCCCGUGGAUGUCGAUGCGCUUCUGCAGCGAGUGGAUUGCGAUCAUGGAGGCCUUCGGCCAGUGGAGUAACAGAUCCAAUAACGACAAGCGUCUGGAGAGUGGCUACGAUGCAGUUCCCAUCCGCGAUAUCCACAUGAUCCAAUUAGGGCUGGAGAGGCAGUGGCUGCAUAUCCUCAAGGAAGUACGUCCGUCCUCUACAGGAGAUGGUCUUCAUUGGCUACUACCAUAA